UCCGGAGGAGGGUGCUGCUGGUGAAUGAUUGCUUGAUAUCACCUCACCGCGCUUGGCAUAUUCAGCUUAUCUUGUGUAUCAGUAAUCUUCUUCGUCAAUCACAGUGUGAAUUACAGCGCAGACCAGUCUUUGUCAUCUCUACACUUGCCUGAAGUUUGGGACCUGUGAAGAGCACUUGGGAGACUGUCCGCACAUACAGUCCACCAUGCAGGAGGCUGAGAACCUCUAUGAAACUGCCCUGCCCCGACAGUGGAGUAAUGAUGAGAGAACCUACUCCAUCCCUAGCAGUCCGGACAGUAUGGACUUGAGUCCUGAUGGACCUCUAAGCACAGCAUCAACGACUCCACCUUCGCAGGUCGAGGGAGAAGACAUCUACGCGGACAAGGAAAACGGCUCCAUGAAACAAGCUAAUUUGCACUUAGACAUUGGCAAGACUCCACUGAAUCACGGUGUGUCCCUGUCUUCUGGGUCUACAACCCCAACAUCUCCCACGCCAAGGUCACCAUUUAACCUUAACUCCACUUCACACCCUACAACUCCCACUUCUCCACGGGAGUUCAUCCCACCCCAUGGUCUUCACACCCGUGUCCUGAUCCCCAGUGGGCAAAUAAGAAACGAGAACGGAAGCGGGGAUGAAGUGGAUUAUGUGGAACCAGACGCAGACAUAUCUGUCUACAUAAAGGCUGGGAGUGAUGGAGAGAGUAUAGGAAACUGCCCCUUCUCUCAGCGCCUGUUCAUGAUCCUAUGGCUGAAAGGAGUUGUCUUCAAUGUAACCACAGUUGACCUGAAGAGAAAGCCAGCGGAUCUUCACAACCUCGCCCCAGGCACUCACCCUCCCUUUCUGACGUAUAACGGGGAGGUCAAGACAGACGUGAACAAGAUAGAAGAGUUCCUGGAGGAGUCCCUGGCACCACCAAAAUACCCCAAGCUUGCCGCAAAGCACCGUGAGUCAAACACGGCCGGAAUCGACAUUUUUUCCAAAUUCUCAGCAUACAUCAAGAACACCAAACAGCAGGAUAACACUGCACUAGAGAAAAGCUUGACGAAAGCCUUGAAGAAUCUGGAUGAUUAUCUGAACACGCCGCUCACCGAGGAGAUUGACGCAAACAGUCGGGAGGAGGAAAAGGUUUCUAGAAGAAAAUUCCUGGACGGAGAUGAGUUUACUCUGGCCGACUGCAACCUUCUACCCAAGCUCCAUGUGGUUAAAGUUGUGGCAAAGAAAUACAAAAACUACGAAAUCCCAGCGGACAUGACGGGAGUGUGGCGGUAUCUGAAGAAUGCGUACGCCAGAGACGAGUUUACCAACACGUGCGCCGCAGACAAAGAGACAGAACUGGCCUAUGCCGAUGUGGGGAAAAGACUCUCCAAGUCCUAACCGCAGGCUAAAGUACUCUCUCACCCACAGACUGCUCUCACUGUUGCCUUAAGAUGGAUCUCCUAUCGGAACACCACACUACCAUCCCCGCUUCCAAAUACUCCGGCGCUGUGGCCGUUUCGCUGGCACCGCCAUAUUGCGAUGAUCUGUUUCUGAGGAAAACCUAAAAGGAAUUUGUCUCAAUCAUAUUGGAAUGAAAGACAAUGAUACCAAGAUCCAUCACACAUAAUUUCUAUAAUAAAUUCUAAUCCUCUUAGGGCAAUGCUUGUUAUCAUAUAUAAAGUAUUUUUAUAAUGUAAGCAGAUUCUUUCAUAGUGAUUUAUAAAAAUGUAUUAUUUCAUAGGUAAUUGCAUAACAUGCAGGAUUCUUAAGACUACUCUUUAUAUCUUCUGGUAGUAUAUUAAUGAUGCAGCAUCCUGCUAUUGUAUGAGAGUGGUGUAUACAGAUGGAGCCAUGCUCAUUUAUCCCUUUAAUAGGAUUAAGUGAGCCAGGGCAGUCGGACUUUGGUGGUCAUUCCGAGUUGAUCGCUAGCUGCAUUCGUUCGCUGUGCAGCAAUGAGGCUAAAAAACAGCACUUCUGCGCAUGCGCAUGUGGCGCAAUGCGCACGCGCGACGUACUAUUACCACGAACGAUGUCGUUUCACAUAGGGUCUAGCGAAGCUUUUCAGCCGAACCGCUGGCCGCAGAGUGAUUGACAUGAAGUGGGCGUUUCUGGGUGUCAACUGACCGUUUUCAGGGAGUGUUGGAAAAAACGCAGGCGUGCCAGGAAAAACGCAGGCGUGGCUGGGCGAACGCAGGGCGUGUUUGUGACGUCAAAACAGGAACUGAACGUUCUGAAGUCAUCGCAAGCGCUGAGUAGGUUUUGAGCUACUCUAAAACUGCACAAAAAAAAUUAUGCCUCCGCUCUGCGAUCCUUUCGUUCGCACUUCUGCUAAGCUAAAAUACACUCCCAGUGGGCGGCGGCAUAGCGUUUGCACGGCUGCUAAAAACUGCUAGCGAGCGUACAACUCGGAAUGACCGCCUUAAUUGUAUUGUUCUCUCUGUAUUAUAUGGCAGCUGAGAACAAUAGAUAAAAGGUUUAUGCUAAUAAGCCUUGGUGCACCAUGGUGCAGCAGAGAAGGCUCCAUCUGUACCUUGUUUGAGUACGCAGUGUAUAUCACUUAUCGGAAUUAUUUCACGGUGUUUGCGACACGAUGAAAAGUAUUGGCACUAGCGAGGCUUGUAGAAUAUUCUGUAGACGCGACAGUAACUAAUGACCUUACACCAAGCUUUUUAUGCCUUGUUGGCUAAUUUGCAGUAUACAAACAUCUAAUAAAUUCAUUUGAAUUAAUAUUGUUAUAUUUGGAUUUGUCUCACUUGAUUCAAAAUAAAAUAUCAAUCUGGGAGACUA